CAGGCGCAGGGAAGGAUCCGUUUUGGCGGGCGGUUGGCGUUGCGCAGAAGGCGGCAGCAGAGGUGGCUUGUGGUCUGGUUUUACCAUAGAGGACUAGGGCAGACGAUAGCGCGACUGAUCAUUCUCAAUCCCGGGAACCCAGUGGCCUUAGUCCUUCAGGUGGAACAGUGUUCGACAUGGGAAAGAAAACCAAGCGGACAGCUGACAGUUCUUCAGAGGAUGAGGAGGAGUACGUUGUGGAGAAGGUGUUAGAUAGGCGCGUGGUUAAGGGGCAAGUGGAAUAUCUACUGAAAUGGAAAGGCUUUUCUGAGGAGCACAAUACUUGGGAACCUGAGAAAAAUUUGGAUUGCCCUGAGUUAAUUUCCGAGUUCAUGAAAAAGUAUAAGAAGAUGAAGGAGGGUGAAAAUAACAAACCAAGGGAGAAGUCAGAAAGUAACAAGAGGAAAUCCAAUUUUUCAAACAGUGCUGAUGAUAUCAAAUCCAAAAAAAAGAGAGAGCAGAGUAAUGAUAUUGCUCGAGGCUUUGAGAGAGGACUGGAACCAGAAAAGAUCAUUGGGGCGACAGAUUCCUGUGGUGAUUUAAUGUUCCUAAUGAAAUGGAAAGACACAGAUGAAGCAGAUCUGGUUCUUGCAAAAGAAGCUAAUGUGAAAUGUCCACAAAUUGUGAUAGCAUUUUAUGAAGAGAGACUGACAUGGCAUGCGUACCCUGAGGAUGCGGAAAACAAAGAGAAAGAAACAGCAAAGAGCUAAAGGAGGGGGUGGUCUCUGUCAUUUCUCUUUGUACAUAAUACAUUCACCCCCACCCCCUUCUACCCACCCCCUUUUGUCCUAAACACAUCCAUAAAAAAUGUGCUUAUCCCUGUGCUCCACAGGAGAAAUGUUGGUAUUGGUUCUCUUGUAACAUAACCGAUGGUCUGAUCCAUGAUAAGUGUCUCUCUGUGAAGACCAGGCAUUUACAUACUGUGUGUAAUUCUCACAAUUUUUUUCCUUUGCCCUGAUCUCUUCCUUCUGCUCCCCUGAGACCUCAAGAUGCAUUUUAACUUCUUAUUCACCUUAGAGUCUUUUCAGGGUUGGCUGAUUCUUUUAGAUUUGGGGAUUUUGUUAUAAUGAUGAUGAAUUUUGGUUUCUUGCUUUGGUUCUUAGAACAUGGUGAUGACCAGCUGGCCUUUGUUUUGACAUGUUGGGAUGGAAAGGAUAUUGCCCAUAUUUUAAAAAGCCAAUAGAAUUGCCUACCUAUUAGGGCUUUCCCAACUUUGUUCAACUCUACCCAAGAGAAUUCAGGGUUUCUGGUGUGGUCUUCUGGGCUAUCCCUGUUGUUCAGCCUCACUUACCCUCCCACUCCCAGAAAAAUUCCGUCCAUUGGAGGACUUGAAAAUUUACACUGAAAAGGCACUCCUUUUCCUUUUAGCCCCAGGACUUUUGGCCUUGUUCUUAGGAAUCCCUGUUUCUGCUUCUGCAAGGUGGUGUCAGUUUGUCAUAAAUGACAAGAUUAUUAACUGUGGAGAUUUUUAGCUGUAGUACAUGAGGAAGAUGGGUAGUGGUAGGAUACAAUUGUCUUUAUUAUCAUAUAUGGUAUGUAUGUAUUAUUUCUUUCCAUCCCUCGUAUUUAGAUUAUAUAUUUUAUGUAGGUGUGAGUGAUUGCCUGGUGCUUGCUUGUGCCAAGGUGCUAGGCACCCUCCAACCCUGCCAACUAUUGUGGCCUCCCAAAGCAUUCCUGUUACCAAAGAGGCUUCAAACCUGACCCUCACUUCUCAGUGGACCCACUUUUCCCUCCUAUGCCAUUAGUUUCAGUGGGGAAUUUUUGGAGGGGAGCCAUUGGCCACAAUAUCAAUUUUAAAUAUUCAUAGCAGUUAUAGUCAUAAGUCUUCUUUUUCUUAACUCCUGGAUUUACAUCGAGUCCCCACAGUAUUAAUGUGCUUUCCUUUUACCACCCUUAAACUUUUAGUUGUAUAUUAAUUUUAGGAUCUAUUUUCAUGAAAGAAUAUCACUUCAAGAAGUGACAGGCCCUGGCAUUAGUAUGUCAUAGAACCUUCUCUUCCAGCAAAAUAUUUUCCUUUUGUUUUCUUCUGCAUUAUUGACAGAUUUUUCUGAUCGUACCCUUCUGCCUUUGUCCUUUAUGAAAUACUCUACUUCUUUUUAUCCAUUUCUUCUUGUAGUUGACGGGGGCUAGAGAAUCAGGACUAAAAGUAAGGAAAUAGCAGGGUUUUGAGCAUCCUUGUCCCAGCCCCAAAGCUGAGGAAAUAAGAAUAAAUGCUUGAAAUAGCCUUAAUUCUAGAGUUCACAAGCCAUUGAGGCUGGUUUUGUUGUUGCUUUGAUUUUUAAAACAUAGCUGUCUGGCCAGGAGCAUUCAACCAUUUCUAGAUUAUUCAGAGUAAUGAGGAGAAUGGAUGGAUUGCUCUAGUCCACAGAUGAGCCAAAUAAUAUGCAAAUCAUACACCCAUUCAUAGCAUGUUACCAUUGCUUCCCUGCUCAGCUGCUGAUUGAAUUCUAUGUGCUUGCAUAAAUUAUGUCAAAAAUUAUACUGCAGUUGAGAAGACAGCUGUUGCUGCAGUGACAUGACAGAAUGAAACAAGUUUUUGGUUUAAGUCAGCCAAGAAAAUCCUGAGUGGUAAUGUGAUUGGGGGACAGCUCAUAAUCCAUAUCUCAAGUAGGUGGGAGUUUUAUCUCUAUAUUUGCUCUCUGAAGGAAUUAAAGGCAUAAAUCAGGUACUGGAUAAUUGACAGUUGUUUGUACUUAACCUGAUGGGCAUCUAAAAGAAAGGAAGGAUGGUCAGCAAACAGAUUUGUUAUACAAGUAACCAAGAAUAUCAAUUAGGGUAGCCAAGAAUAGGACAAAAAUAGGCCAGAGCUCCUGAGGAAGUGAUGUGGGUCACAGAUUUGCAGCUGGAGAAAAUGAUAGCCGAUUAUCCAAGUAGCCAGUGUUUGCAUCCUAGUAGCAGUGGGUAUGUAAACUGAAUUAAUCAUAUUUUUAAAACCAAACAUCUAGCAUGGGAAUAAAAAACACAAUAAUAUUUGGUACUUGGAUUGAUAGAGAAAAGCCCGAGAUACAUGGUUGCUGUGGUUAUAGGUAGUAAUAUUUAAGGCAUCCAUCUAAAUCUAAUUUUAUUUUACCAAAAUAGCUACAUCUACUACUUUAUCACCCCUUUAAUACUUCUCACUCUAUCUUUUUCUGUCCUCAGUUUAUUGAAUCGUGCUCUUAUACUGAAUAUUCCCACAACAAGUUUUGUUCUCUCCCUACUACCCACAGCUGGUUGCAUAGGGAGUGAGGCCAAUACUGACUUCAGCCUUUAGCACUAAGGAAGUCAGAUGGCUGCCUCCAGAAUUGUUAGUGCUGAGUAACUGUCCUAGGUCUUGGAGAAUUGCAGCCUCAAACAAGAAGUCGUUUCAUGGAGAUUUCUUCCCUCUUUAAAAAGUUAAUAGCCAUGGGGAAAGCACUGUGAUGGCUAGGUCUCAGGUGCUUAGUGUAUGUGUAUAUUUUUCUCGUGUUUAGUCCUCUUUGAGAAGAUCUUUCUAAUGUUAGAUUUCUUCUAGUACUCAGCAUUGAAGGAUCUCCCUUUCUGCAGUAGAGUCGAUCAAGGACAGCUUAGCAGCUCUUCCUUCCAAUUCCUGAGCUAGGCAGUUGUCCUUAGGUUAAGAUCUACAGUAGGAAAAGUCAGCCUGGAUGGAAGCACCUAUUUAAACUAGGAGAGAUCUGUAUUUUUUUCUCCUUCAAACCAGUUUUUGUCUGUUCUAGGGAACAUUUGGACCUGUGGUGCGUCUAAUAUUUGAAAAUUUAAGUGGUCCUUGGUUGUCCCUCAACCAUACUACACAUUACUUUGUGUAGUUGCUGAAGAGUUCGUUCUGUUCUGACAGCUUAGGCAAUUAUUCUUAACUCUUUAUUGCUGUUCUGUAGCUACCCUGCAGUCCAUUUUCCUUAUUAUUCAGGCCAAAUUGCAGGGCACUGGGGGAAGAUUAUUGGGAUUUUCAUCUUCAGAUUUUUACAGGUCUGUGAUUUAGCCCAGCUUGCCUAAGGUACUGUGAGGGUCAGAAAGAUCUGUGUUUGGGCUGGGGAACAGUUGUCUACCUUAGUGUUCAGAUUUGAGGACCUAAAAUGAUGAUAUGAGAACCCUAUUAGAUUUGAAAUGAGAAAAAGUUAGGUUGAAGAAAAGUCUCAUGCACACAUGACCUCAUCCUUUUGAUUGAUACUUUUAAAGUAAAAAUGAUAGUGUUGAGGUGUAUACUUUUGUCACUAGACCACCAAACAUGGUCUGGCAAGCCAGAGAGAGGGAAAGUCUGGAGUAAAUAAAUAUAUUGCAAUUUCAUGCUGACUUCACCCAACCCAUUAUCUGUUUUCAGAAACAGAGAUGUUACCAGCCUUACACCAGAAAGCAUAAGCUCUAAAUUAGGUGCCUCUUCUGCCCAGUUUGUGUUAAGCUUUCCAAAUUCCAGCCACAUUAGUGCGCAUCAGCAGUGAUUUCACUCAAUACGUAUUUUUUUGUUUGGAGAUACAGAGUUCAAAAAGAGGCAGCCCCUGGCCUCAAGGAAUUUUCAUACUGGUUAUGAUGAAUUGACCAUUAAUAGUUUGGUGUAAUAAAUGCUACACGCUGAUGUAAAUUUCUGGUUUGGGGGCAGAGACGACCGGCUGGUGUUUGAUAAUGGUUUGUGGCCCUAGAAUAGGAGAGUGGUGUUAUUUUUGGUUAAUAUGUAGAAAAGACCUGUGACCUUGGGUGAACUAAGCUAACUGGCCAUGAAACACAGAAGGGCUUGUUUUAUUGUAGGAAAUAAAUAUAGGUAAGGAUUAGAAAUGUGUUACUGGGCAGCACUUGUGGCUCAAGGAGUAGGGCGCUGGUCCCAUAUGCCAGAGAUGGCGCAUUCAAACCUAGCCCCGGCCAAAAAUCCCAAAAAAAAAAAAAAAAAAAGAAAUGUGUUACUGAGAGAAAACAGUUGAGUUGAGAUCAGGAACUUCUGGUUUUGGUCCCUGGUUUAGAUUUUGCCGGAGUAGUUAGUGGUAGAGUUAAUGCUUCUGUGUGGAAAAUAUUAACUAUGUUGCAGAUUCAGUUGUAUGUUGCCCUAUUGUGGGUUCUGUGGCAACAUUUAUUCCUCAUGGAUAUUGUCAGAACUGCUUAUACCUUUUUCAAUUUCUCAUCCUUUUUGGAGGAAUGAACACAAAACUGGCUUUAUUCCUUAAAAUAGGGACAUACUUUCUAAUGACAAGAGAUUUGCUAAAAAAGAAGGUUUGAAGCACAUCUGUUAAUAUCUGAGCAUCUGCUUUGGGCAGUGUAGUUCUAUUCAACUCAACAAGAGAGAGUGAUUUCUAAGCAAGAACUUGUGUCAGUUAUAUGGAAACCUUUCCCGGAAAUACACCUAAGCUGUCUAUUAAAUCGGCAUGGAGUGGAGGUCUAGAGUGAAGCCUAAGCUUGGUUAAGAAACAGUCUGACCAUAAGAAAGUUGUCAAUUCUGACCCAUCUGACCACAAGAAAGAUCUGUUUAUUUCUGCAUGAAUAAUUGAAAGUUGCCUAGCUUUGGAAGUCAUAAUUCCCAGGAAUUAUAGUAAGUCUUCUGGAAAAGUAAAGUGUGAAGUUUUCUAGACAGUUUCAUUAAAGAAAAAAAUUAUAGUUUCUUUUUGCUUUUGCUGAAUUUCUUGAAUUUUAAUCUACCUCAUCUUGGCUUUUUUGGAGUUAUUUCCACUUGUUGCCAAUUUAACAUCAUGCUUGACUUUGGUUUUCUAAGUUGGAAUUUUUUUUCUAUUCAUUGAUGGCUUGUUCUCCUGCCUUUUCUCCUGAUUCUUUCAUCUCACGUCAUCUCAUAUUGCUCCUCUGUCAGAGAAAUGUUUUAAAAUAGUUUAAAGUCCUAAUUUAUGGGAAGAAAGCGAUCCUCCAAUGCUGUUUGUCUCUGAGGGUCAGUAAGAGAAAGAGUUAAAAGAAGGUGGUGGGGGAGGGGAUGAAUCCUACGCUGGAGGCAAAAAGCUGACAAGGAAAGAGCCAUUAAUUAAGACAAUUUCAAAGUCAACCAAUUGUGAUCAUUAAUGUCACAAUAGAUCAAAACCUAAUUAUCACAGCCUAGGUAAGAGCCAUCAGUAUUAAUCGGAAAAUCUAAUAGGAAACUAUUAUCAAGAAAUUAGGCCAGAUUGAACGCAGUGAACUUUUAUCUUGUCCUCUCUGUCUCUCUUUUUGUGAUGUCCCACGCAUUGGCAGGUGUGACCCUAACUGUUGUCUUGUCUAAGGCCAAGUGACGAGUUUAUCAGUCUUUUUUAAGGAUUGUUUUUUCUUUUAGGAAUUCUAAACAGACUGCACUUGAACUGUCAUUGCUGAAAAAUCAGUUUUGAACAUUCUCAUCACCUGUACUUGUCUGAUAUGAUCAGCAAUCAGUGAAAAAAAAGGUUUAUAUGUAGGUGGUUCCUGGAAUUAGAAUAUCCCUUGUGCACAUUUUACUGUGUGUGUUGGUAAAUCAUUCUUUGAAUUUUUGUUGUAUAUAGAGUCCUACUACACUGGAUACUCUGAAGGAGGGAUGGAAGAAAGGUUUCUGCCUAGAAAUUCUUUGAAAACACCUGAAAAAAUAGAGUUUAAACAUAUUACAACACCCGCAAAGCUCAAAUCAGUGGUUUCUAGUAGUAGCUUUUAGGAUUUGAUCCUUUUUUUUGUUUUUUAUGUUUUUACCCUUAUUUGUGAUUCUUCCAAGCAAAGGAUUUGAUUCUAAACCAGGUCUGGCUGUGGCUUUGCUGUCCAUCUCAUGUAUCCCCCACUUCUAUUACUCUUUCCCAGCUUCAGGAUAAAAGACAUGAUGAUUUCUCCCAGAUUCCAGAGUAAAUCCAAAGAGGGAAAAAAACAUCCAUUUUUUUCUUUUGCCUUUCUUUUGUCUCUGGUAGGAGAAAGGAAAAUUACAAGGGUCUAUAUGGCUACUUAUAAAAGUUAUUUCAUUCUGUCUCCCUGAAUUUUUAUCCUUAGUCUUGAGCUGUUAAUGAAGAUGCUGCAACUCUUGAAGUUGAGUUGAGGCAGAACAGUUGGAAAGGUGGAAUUCUGGACACAAAGUAGCAGGGAUGUGUUUUGUGGUGUUAGGAUCCCCAGCCUGCCAACUUCGUGGUUCUACCAGAGCCCUAACAAGACCACCACUGGGGAAUGGUUCUCAUUGUUUUUGCUUGAAUAUCGUGGUCCUAGGAAUUUGGGUUACUCAAUACAAAAUUUUGGAAAACUAGUGUGCCGGUUAUUAGUCUUUCACGUUUUGGGAUAAAGUAAAUAUUUACAAAAUAAUUCAUGUCCUUAAUGUUUAAGAUACAAUUUUAUUUUCAAAACAUUCAUUCAUUAACACAUGACUUUCAGAAGCUGUAUGUUUCUCUCAGAUGCCUCAAGUUAUACUAGAUAAGGAAUAGGCCCCCAGUUAAUACUUGUGAAUUGAUUGGGGUUUUUUGAGAGUGAAGUGUACCUACCAACUUCCUUUUGCUCCCAAGUGCACUCUAAGAAGUAAAAUGCUGUAGGAAGUGAAACAAGAAUUGAGUGAAUGCUGACUAUGUGUGCCAACCUUCUCACUGAUUGAUAAUGGCUGACCUUGGGCAAGUCUCUCCUUUCAAUGCCUCAGUUCCCCAUCUGUCAAAUGGGGGUAAUAAUACUGACCUACCUCACAAGGGGUGUUGUGAGGCAUUGUAAAUCAAAGUUGAUAGAAUACUUUAGGGUCCUCCGUGGAGGAUUCCUUGAGCUGAAGUUUAAGCCUGACACAGGCUUUACUCCUCACUGAGCUGUCUCCAAGAUUGGAACUACUUAGUGACCUCGGCAACUUCUCUGCCCCCCACCCCUCAUCAAAGCUGCUAGUUCAGACGUUGACAGUGUUUUCAUGAAUGUUGGAUCCUACUAGUCCUACUUAGGUUGUUAUGGAGGAAGGCACUUAGUAUUUUCAAUGUCUUGCAUUCGCUAAGAGAAGCUCUUUUAGACCCAGGAGUAUUGGAUUAAGGAAUUGUGAGGCAGUGAUGCUACUGCUUAUUUGUCUCUGCAGGUUGAGAAUUAAGGUUCCAUUUCCUGUAGGUUUGGAGCAGACUUAAAUUGUCUCAGGAGCAAAGCAACCCUGAGUGGUUUUGAUUUACGUUGUUGCUUAUCACUCCCCACAGUGAUCCCAGGACACCUGGGUCACUGCACCCCUUUGUAGUAUCUAUACUGGAGCCUCCACUUCCUCAUAGGGACCAGCUGGUUCAAUAAAUGAGACCACCUUCUCAUUUUUCACCAAAACCAGCUAGCUACAUUGGGAUUUUUUUUCUAGAAAUAAGUGUAACACUUAGAAUUGGGCAUCUGUCUUUAAAGCUUCAUCCAAUUCACUGUAUUCACCAUCCGUCAUCUCUCUCAGUAGCCACAGUCUGAACCUAACCUUGACUUCCCCCCCACCACUGGUUUGAGAAAACUUUGGACACUAUUUGUCUGGUGUGUGCUCAAGAGCCUUACCCUUUCCAUAUCAGUUUAGGGGCUCAGCUCAGUUUUCCAAUAGGGCUUUUUCUCCUUUGGCCCUAGAUUUGUAAUUCAUGAAAAAGCACAAAGUCCUGACCCUUAGUGGUCACAUUCUGGUUCUCUGUGUUUUGUGGACUCUGCUCCCACUGUUCACCCAGCACUGGUGGUACCAGGUGGUUCUGUGGAAUCCUAGAGGAUGGAGAGAGCACAGUCUGGCAUCCUGCCAGGUAGCCAGGAGUUGACUCACCCAUGGCCCACUGGCCUUCCCACCACUUCCUACAGAAUGGAUCUUAAGAGACUCAAGAGGCUGGGUUUCUUUCAGCCCUCUCUUAUCCUGAGUAGCAACACAAAUCACACUUUGUAGCCAGAUUUCUGAAUGAAAAUAAAAUAUUGGAAUUCUCUAUGGACUUUAAGUUUUGUGGGGGAGUUUUGGUUGUGUUUCUUGGUUUUAUUUUAGCCAAACAUGUCCACUUUUGAUUUUUUUAAAGGAUAAGUGAUCUAUAUAUGUGUUCACCUUUUAAAUGUAAAUGUUUAAAAGUAGGCAUUUAUGUGUUUCCAUAACUGACAUCUGAUGCAGACCUCAUUCUCUCCCCCCUUCCACCCUCCUCUUUUCCCUCUUUUCAUAAUCUUGUAUUGGUUCUAAUAAAUGGUUGCUUUUCAAA